CUAUGAUCAUCUAUCUAUUUAAGGAUCUAGAUACCACUUCAACAACGACGAUGGAGAGAGGUCUCUCCUCAAAAUUACUAAAACUCUAUUAGCUCCAAUAAUUGAAAGAAAAAAAAAAUACGCUCACCCAAAACAAAACUUUUCAAAAGUCCUCUUUUUCUAAAACCCUAAUCGGAGAAAUCAAUCAACAAAACUAGGAGGAAAUGGAUCUAGAAGAGUGGGAAUUACUCCCUAGAAACAACUACGAGGGUCUCAAUCUUGAUCUUGAUCUUGAUCUCGGUCAUGACGAGGAUCAUGAAGCCAAGAAGAUGAUGAGAAACACCGAGAAAAGCUUCGACAAUGAUUACUACAUCUGCCCUAUACAAGAUCCUGUCGGAAAAACAGAGCUUCUUCAUGAGAGAUCUAGCGUGGUCCCCACACAACUCCUCCAGAUUCCCAUAACUUGGGAACCUUUAUCCCCCGUGGACGACAAAGAUCACAAGAAGUACCAGGAUCCGGAUUUUUCGGAGCCAGAACCGGAACUUUUGACGGAGUCUCUUCCGUCGCCGAGAAUAACCUUCAAGAAAAUGAAGGAAACCGAAUUUGCCGACAUGAAACUAGACUCACCACCAGCGAGGUUCACGAGUCCCCUGCCUCAGCAGAACGAUGAGAAACAUUCCGAUUCAAGAGGGGAGUACUAUGAUGAGAUCGUGGGAUCAGAGGCUAAACAGAGUAGUGACUUGAGUAGAAAGAAAGAAGUUGUUUGGGACGAAGGUAAAAAUAUGAAUCUGUGGAAGAAGGGUCUCAAUGGAAUUGGAGCUAUAUGUUCAUUUGGUAUUGCAGCAGCUGCUGCCACCAUCUGUGUAUUCUUCCUUGGACACAACGGUAGCGUCCAAGGUUGUCGGAACAAGAACCAGAUCCUCAGGUUCCAGAUUUACUCUGAUGAUAAUAAGCGAAUGAACGAAGUAGUGAAGCAUGCAACAAAGCUAAAUGAAGCAAUCUCUGUGAUGAAAGGUCUUCCGGUUGCAAGAGCUCAGAUUUCUUUUGGAGGAUACUACGAUGCACUUUAAAUCAUAGCCAACCCGUUUAGAAUAACUAAAUCAGUACACCAGAUCCAAUGUCUUCUGCUUAAAAAAUUCAACGCGUGGUUUAUAGCUUAUAUAUUUAUGAAUUUAGGAACUUUAAUAAAUAAUGUCUGUAGAUUUUAUAUUCUUUGUAAUAAACGAAUGCAUACGAGACUAGGCCUACAUUAGUACUA